AUGACAUUACUCAUUGGCUUGAUUUAUGGUAGUUGGAUGUAUAUUGAUCGAUAUACAGAUGUUCGAGGAGGACGCCUGUCGAAUUUUUUACGUCGAUUAUCUAUUUGGUCAAUAGUUUCUAGUUAUUUUCCAUUAAAAUUAAUCAAAACUGAAGAUCUUGAUCCAAAUCGAAAUUAUAUCUUUGGUUAUCAUCCACAUGGUGUAUUAACUUUCGGUGCUGGGGUCAAUUUCCUAACAGAAGCAACACAUUUUUCAACUCUAUUUCCUGGUAUUCGUCCUCAUUUGAUGAUUCUUCGUUACCAAUUUCUUGUUCCAUUUUCACGUGAAUUAUUUCUUUACUUGGGUGCAUGUCGUGUCUCACGAGAGAGUUGUCAAUAUUUCUUAAAUGGUUCAUCUGGUCAAGGUAAUGCUAUUGUUAUUGUGUGUGGUGGCAUGACAGAAAUGUAUUUAACAGAAUAUCAAACGAUGAUAUUCUAUUUAAAAAAGAGAAAAGGUUUUAUACGAUUAGCAUUAGAAAAUGGUGCGUCAUUAGUACCGGUUAUAUCAUUUGGAGAAAAUGAACAUUUUCGACGAUUUAAGAAUUGGAUUUCAAAUCGAUGGAUUUGGGGACGAUCAAUUAUUGGUUGUUUACCUCUUCGUCAUCCUGUAACGACCGUUGUUGGCAAACCGAUUCACGUCAAUCAAAUCAUUGAUCCAUCUCAAACAGAUAUAGAUCAACUUCAUUAUCAAUAUCUUCAAGCAAUUGAACAGCUGUAUAAUAUAAACAAAGCAAACUAUGGUUUUGAACAUGUGAAAUUAAAGAUAAUUUAG